AUAUCCAUUGGUAGAGUCCCUUCCAUGUGUUUAAGAUUCCUCUCUUUCCAAACACACACUUUCUCUCUCUUCCUUCCUUGCACUACACAACCCGCAACAUCGUAUCAUAUAAUUAAUCGCUGUAACUUUAUAUUAUACUCCUCUCUCUCGCCUUUGCAAUCAUCAUGAACAACACUACCACCUCUCUCUAUAUAAAUCCCUCUCUCUCUCCUCCUUUUCUCUCACCUCCCACAACACCACCCUCUUCUUCUUUUUCUUCCUUCCCUCGCAGCUCUCUUAGAUUUGCUUGUGUCAAGCACUUUGGACCCAAGCCCAUUACACCCUUUUGCAGAAAAGCGCGAUUGUGCUCUCUGCCAGGGUCAACGAGUGUCGAAAGGAGAAAAAGUUUCGUGCUUGGAGCCACCGACAUGACUAUAGCAGAGGAUAGUUUGCUGGAGGUGGUGGAGGAGGAAGAGGGUCCUCCUGAUUUUUCUUUGCUUGAUCCUGAAAGCAAUUCUAGGCCUCGUAGAAUUGCUCUCUUUGUUGAGCCUUCUCCUUUUGCAUAUGUCUCGGGAUACAAAAAUCGUUUCCAGAAUUUUAUAAAAUACCUUCGUGAAAUGGGAGAUGAGGUGAUGGUUGUGACGACGCAUGAAGGAGUACCCAAGGAGUUUUAUGGAGCCAAAUUAAUUGGAUCCCGAAGCUUCCCUUGUCCCUGGUAUCAGAAGGUACCCCUCUCUUUAGCACUUAGUCCAAGAAUAAUUUCUGCGGUUGCAGAGUUUAAGCCGGACAUAAUACAUGCAUCAUCGCCAGGCAUAAUGGUUUUUGGUGCCCUUAUCAUCGCAAAGCUUUUGAGUGUUCCAAUUGUCAUGUCAUAUCAUACCCACGUACCAGUAUAUAUUCCAAGAUACACCUUUAGCUGGCUGGUGCAACCCAUGUGGUGGGUCAUAAAAUUUCUGCAUACAGCAGCUGAUCUUACUCUGGUGCCAUCAGCUGCCAUCGGAAGGGAUCUUGAAGCAGCUAGAGCAACAGCAGCUAACAAGAUUCGUCUUUGGAAUAAGGGUGUUGACUCUGAAAGUUUCCAUCCCAAAUUCAAAUCCCAUGAAAUGCGAUUAAGACUGAGCAAUGGUGAACCUGAGAAGCCCUUGAUAGUUCAUGUUGGACGGCUAGGAGUUGAGAAGAGUUUAGAUUUUCUGAAAAGCCUCAUGGAUAGGCUUCCUGAAGCACGGAUUGCCUUUAUCGGAGAUGGACCCUACAGGGAGGAUCUAGAGAAGUUGUUUGAAGGCAUGCCAGCAGUGUUCACAGGAAUGUUAGGAGGGGAAGAACUAUCCCAAGCAUAUGCAAGUGGAGAUGUCUUUGUCAUGCCUUCAGAGUCAGAGACACUUGGCCUUGUUGUUUUGGAGGCCAUGUCAUCAGGGAUCCCUGUGGUGGGAGCACGUGCUGGUGGCAUCCCUGACAUAAUCCCUGAAGACCAAGAUGGCAAAAUUGGUUACCUUUAUACUCCUGGUGACCUUGAAGACUGUUUAAGCAAACUAAAGCCUCUUUUGGAAGACAAAGAGUUGAGAGAAACCAUGGGAAUUGCUGCAAGGUUAGAGAUGGAGAAGUAUGAUUGGAGGGCAGCCACUAGAAAGAUUCGCAAUGAAAACUACAAUGCUGCUAUUUGGUUCUGGCGCAAGAAAAGGGCACAACUUUUGAGACCCUUUCAGUGGCUAGCUAAACGGGUCUUCCCAUCCCCAGAAGUCAACUCAUUGGGUGAUUGAUGUGAAUGCUUCUGAGUUUUGGAUGAUUCCUUGGAAGAUGAUUAUUGCUUUGGCUUUAAGGAAGCCUUGUAUGGGACAUAAGUGUGGUUGAUUAUGUAAUGCAUUCAUUUGAUUGAUGUAUAUAAUGGGACAAAAAUUAAGGAUUGUGCCAUUAGAGUGGAUUAGAGUUGAAUGUCAAUUCAUAUGCUGAUGUACUGGAUAGUGUAAUUGUGCAACCAGUAAAGGGAGAACUAUUCAUGUUUUACCACGCCAGUAUGCGACAUGGUAGAAAAGUAGUGAUUAAAUGCAAUUGACCCUUGUUGGGUGGAUCCAAGACACAGAUUGACAACAAGAUAUUACAAA